UUGUUUUGAUGAGGAAGCAUGAGACAUUGAAUCCCUAAAAUCUAAAAUCUCUAGCUGCUCACCUGCGAUUUCCAGUUCUGCUCUCUGCUAGUUCGCUGCACUGCGACUGCCCCUGCAAUGUCUCACUGUGAACCGUGGUGGUAGGUUUUCAUGUUCAUGUGAGCGGCGUGAGAAAAGAUUUAUGCACCAAAUAGUGGCACUCCGUCUCCGAGUACAGCAGAAACUAGGCCAAAAAUAAAGUUUGCCAGAUUGAAAUUCCUUUCUCUUGAUACUCGCUGCAAGUCCCUAUUUCUAAUAGUUUCACUUGAAUCCUAUACAAUAAUUUUACUAGCAUGAUUAACUGAAUGUUCUUUUGUAGAAAUUCAACAAUGUGGUGGCCUGGAUAGGACCAUAGGAGAAUAGAAAGAUCUCUUAACAAUUUCGGAGCAAUGUCUACAUGAUUAUGUGUCUAGGAGCAAAUAGUUGUGGUAUUAAUCUGGUUAUUAAAUGGGCUGCUGAUUUGAAUCAGUAUGCAUGUGAAAGCUUGAGGUUAAGCCAUCCAGGGACAAAUAGAUAGAGCCACCUGAAACACUUGUGUGUAGCCUAAGGCCCUACCAGAAGCAGGCUCUUUACUAGAUUUCAGAAUUGGAGAAGGGAACUGAGGCAGAGCAAAUAGCCAAAGUUUUGCAUCCAUGUUGGGCAGCAUAUCAAAUUUGUGAUGAGAGGGGUCCUGCAAUUUAUGUGAACAUUUUCUCUAGUGAAGCAACUGCUGAAUAUCCUUCUGCAUUGGAAACAGCAAGAGAGGGAAUCUUAGCCGAUGAUAUGUGCCUAGAGUAAACUGUAAUGACAAUUGCUCUAAUGUUUGCGAGGCUGGGCAAGGGUAUCCUUGAUAAUCAAGAACUUGCUGAGGAUAUGGCUAUUACUCAGCAUUCUAAGAACAAAAGGAUUAAAGGUGACACUCUCAUUGUUUGUCCUAUGGCAUUACUUGGUCAAUGGAAUGAUGAACUUGAACCCCAUUCAAAGCCAGAUAACAUUUCUGUUUUUGUUCAUUAUGGUGGGGACAGAAGUAAUGACCCUAGAGUGUUAGCAGAACCAGAUGUGGUCUUGACAACCUAUGAUCUUCUAACUGUUGCGUAUAAGUUUGAUGGGGAGAUUAGCAUAUUUCUUAAAGUUGAUUGGCGUGGAAUUGUACUGGAUGAAGCACACACCAUAAAGAACUGGAGGACUAUGAGUCCUAGGGCUGCAUUCACGCACAUUAUUGUCUGCACAUUGCAGGUGGUGCAGUGUCUUACUGGUACUCCACUUCAGAAUAAUGUGCAAGAUCUUUACAACCUCAUUAAUCACUACGAAGAGAUAUGGCCAAAAUACAGAGAAGUGGACGAUUUGUGCGAGAAUUUCAACUUAUUGCUCUUUUGUUCCACUUUUGCUUUUGUAUGUCCAAAUGACCAAGAUCAUUGAAAACACCACAAUUUAGCUCUCUAAAAGGUGUUACCCCCAUCUUCAUAGCUUCUUAUUAGCUCCCAUUGACUGUACUCUACAUGCAUCUGAAAUGCUUCAAAAAUCAUUUAAUUCAUCUAAA